CCCACGCCCGAAAUCCCCGCCUCCCUCCUCCCCUCCCAAAUUCGCCGAACGCCUCCCCGCCCCAAUGGCAAGCUUCAACCCCACCGGCGCCGCAAACCAGAACCCCAACAAUUCCUUCGAGGUGGCUCCGGCGCCCGGAGACUCGGUGUCCAGCCUCAGCUUCAGCCCCAAGGCGAACCACCUCGUCGCCACCUCCUGGGACAAUCAGGUUCGGUGCUGGGAGGUCCUGCCUGGUGGCGGAUGCCAAGCGAAGGCCUCGAUUUCGCACGAUCAGCCGGUGCUGUGCUCGGCGUGGAAGGAUGAUGGGAUGACUGUUUUCUCGGGAGGUUGUGAUAAGCAGGUUAAGAUGUGGCCUUUGCUAUCUGGUGGGCAGCCCACGGACUUCAAAGGGCAUGAGGCACCUGUCAAAGAACUCGCUUGGGUACCACAGAUGAAUCUUCUUGUCAGUGGGAGCUGGGACAAGACCUUGAGGUACUGGGACAUCAGGCAACCUCAACCAGUGCAUGUUCAGCAACUUCCUGAGCGCUGCUAUGCUCUAUCACUUUGUUAUCCUCUCAUGGUGGUUGGCACUGCUGAUCGUAACAUAAUAGUCUUCAAUCUGCAGAAUCCACAGGCUGAAUUCAAGAGGAUCAUAUCACCUUUGAAGCUCCAGACAAGGUGUCUUGCUGCAUUUCCUGAUCAACAAGGUUUUUUGGUUGGAUCUAUAGAAGGACGAGUCGGUGUUCAUCAUGUGGAUGACUCUCAGCAAAGCAAAAACUUUACAUUCAAAUGUCACCGUGAUGGCAAUGACAUAUACUCUGUUAACUCAUUGAACUUCCAUCCUGUGCACGGUACAUUUGCUACUGCAGGCUCUGAUGGAGGUUUCAACUUUUGGGACAAGGACAGUAAGCAAAGGCUGAAGGCUUUUAGUAAGCGUGCAGCACCCAUCACAUGCAGUACAUUCAAUCAGGACGGCUCUAUAUUUGCUUAUGCGGUAUGCUAUGAUUGGAGCAAGGGCGCUGAGAAGCAUAAUCCUUCUACUUCAAAGACAAAUAUCUUUCUACAUAGUGUACAGGAAUCUGAUGUGAAAGGAAAGCCCCGCGCUGGAAAGAAGUAGGUGUGAUGAAAAGUUGAAGAUUGGUGCUCGUAGACUGAUAGCAAAUCAGCUCACCGCUGCUAAUAACAGGGCAUUUGAUUUUUUAUCACCCUGUUAUUCGGUAGAGUGACAAAUUUACCACUAAGCUCAUCGUCAUAGACUUAGAGGACUCAUUUAUCAUUUUUAGCGAGAAAUUGCUAUUCCAGUAGAGUGGCCAAACAUUAAAUAGUCUGUCGUGAGUGGUCUGCUCCUGAUUGUUAGGGUAUUUCUUCAUCCAUGAACUGUCAGCAUAUCCAUUGUCGCAACAAUUGCAUUUGCCACAUGUCAAUGGCUGGAAGAAAUUGCUGCGAUAGUGUAACCAUGGAUCGUAUAACCAGAUUACUAAAUUAACCGAUCCGGGCUCACCGAUUACCGGUGUUUUUCCCCUA